AUGAUCCCAUGUGGUGGACGGCAUGUGUCCUUCCAAGUCUUCAACGUGCUCGUGCUCAGUGGCAUGGUGGGCACAAUCCAAAUGAAUCUGGAAACUCUGCAGAGGCUUGCAGAGUUGUCAGGGUUUGGCCUGGCUUCUGCACGUAUUGCAUUCCCUGGGCACAUCAGCCAGAGCGCUACGGACUGCGUUGUAUCCUUCCCGGGCAAGUACAGUGACCUCUGGGACAAGGCAGUUUCAAGCGUUACUCACGAGGACACCUUCUCACUUGCGUGUGUCUUCUUGACAGACACUGCUUCUGGCUUGGGUCGACAUGCAAACUGCCCAGAGACCCCUGGCAAGUGCUGGUGCCGGCAAAUCUAUGGCCCGGUACCCGCCGCUACGUACCUCAGUGUGGUGCAAAUCAGCGCCGACGGGUCCCAACACCAUGACCAGACACUUGCUUUCAAAAGAGCGGAUGCCGAAGCGAUGGGCCAGCGACUGCUGAUCAAGCAGCAUCAAGGAGAUAUAGAGUGGGAGCAGGAACUUGCCGAGGCUUUGCAAGAUGCCGAAGUCCGUUGCGUCGAGAAUCAGCACAGGGCCCCCUGGGGGUGUCAAUGGUUUGAAGACUGGAAGCAGAACGUGGACCGGGCGGCCCAGUUGCACCAAACACUCCACGUCUUCUGCUUUGAGGACAGCAAGGGCAGCGGCAAAAUGCCUUGGGAGCUGCUCGCCAACGAGAGGGCGAGGCAUGAAGCUCGAAAGAAUAGUGGGCUCGGGGCUUCGCAGACUGCGGAGGUAGCGUACCUCGACAAGGUUGGCUUAAGCUAUGUGGAGCACGACAUCAUGGAGUUUGAGGCCUUCCUCUCUUCUCGCACGACGUAG